AGAGCAAUCGGCGACAACACGGUCGCGAACAUAAGGGUUACCGCGGCUACUCUUUGGAAUGAUAACGAUUCGAUAGUGAUAAGACGACACCUGGAUACAGCGGCGGUGAUGAUAAUGAAGAAGGAUAAGGAACGUUCUAAUCUCCAUGAAUUCGGUUUGGACGCAGUGUCCAGUGCUGUUGCCACAGCGAUAGCACGUUCAGUUGUUGCUCCUUUUGAUAGAGUCAAAAUAAUUUCUCAGGUUCAUUAUACAUCAACAGUAAAUGGUAAUAAUAAUUUGCAUUAUCAUCCAGGUAUCUUAACUACAUUAAAUCAAAUAUAUCGCGAGCAAGGUUUACGUGCACUAUGGUUUGGAAAUUUCACCAACAUUUUAAGAUUUGUUCCUUCUCAGGCAGUAAUGUUUGGACUAAACACAUUUUACCUAAAAUUUCUGUUGGGAAAUAUAAAACAUAAAGAUGAUGGUCUGAGUCAUACUGCCUUAAGUUUAAUAUCUGGUGGAUUGUCUGGUGCAACAACCUUAUGCAUGUUUUAUCCACUUCUUUUCUGUCAAACUCAUUUAGCUGCUCAUGUUGGACCUUUAGUAGACCGAGAAUAUACUGGUUUAUUAGACUGCAUACAAAAAACUGUACAUACUAAUGGUGUACGGGCAUUGUAUACAGGAUUUGCAAUUGCAGCUAAUGGUAUGGUCAUAAACAAAGCCAUCUAUUUUGGAGCUUAUUAUAGUUUUAAUAAAACCAUAUUAGAUCACACUAAUAGCCUAGUUUCAAAUGAUCAAAAAGAUGUGAAGUUACCAUUUUGGAUUCGUUUUGCAACGGCACAGGUUGCCACUUAUUUGUCACAACUAUUUAGCUAUCCGUUAGACACAAUAGGCCGAGUGUUAAUUGUACAAACAUCACAAGAAGAGAAAUUGUAUCUAAAUGCCAGAGACUGUUUUACGAAACUUUGGAAUUCCCAAGGUUUAUCAGGUUUAUACCGUGGAAUGUUACCCAAUAUGAUUCGAUCAAGUGGAUCAGCUUUAAUUCUUGUGCUUCACGAUGAAUUUAAAUGGACACUAAGUAAAAUGGGUUUAUUUGGUGGAGACAAACAAGAUGACUAAUAAUUCUUCUAUCUACUAUUUUUCAUUAUACUUAUGUAUAUUUCUAUAAAAUUAAAACAGUUUUAAUGUUUAAUUUUAGUUGACGCCAUGCGAUUCUAGUCAAGUAUUAUCUAACCUUGUUAGUAUCUGCGACCAAUUAUUUGUGAAUAUCAUGUACAAAUAAAAUAUUUGUUAUAGAUAUUAAAUAAUAAUUAUAUUGAUUUUUUACACUGUA